AUGGCAACCCCCCGUCUCCCCAACCGCAAAGCCAUCGUCACAGGCUCCAGUUCCGGCCUGGGUCGCGCGAUAGCACUCGCCUACGGCGCGGAGGGGGCCUGGGUGAUGUGCGUGGAUCUCCAGCCGGGGGCUCGCGCCGAGUUUCACGAGGAGUAUCCCGUUGCGACGCAUGAGUUGAUCACUGAGAGGGGAGGGAAGGCGGGGUUUAGAAGGGUGGAUGUUGGGAAGGAGGGGGAGGUUAGGGAGCUGGUGGAGGAGGUUGGGAGGGUGUGGGGGAGGUUGGAUAUGUGAGUUUUGAUAUUUGUAUUUGCGAGUUUACUGUAGGAAAGGAAAGGGAGGAAGGAAGGAAGGAAGGAAAAGGGAAAGGGUGUAGUGAGCGAGAUGUUAAUAUCCAAAAGAAUAGUAAACAACGCCGGCAUCGCCCCCGAAGUGCCCCUUCUCGCCCUCCACCCGGGCGGUCUCCGCGCCCACGAAACUCCCAUGUCCGUCUUCGACCGCACCAUCGAAGUCAACCUGCGCGCCACAUUCCUGGGCUGUAAAUACGCGCUCGCGCAGUUCCUGCGGCAGGAGCCCCUGCCGGCAAAUAGCAGAGGCGACGAGACGCGGGGCUGGAUCGUCAACACGGCCAGUUUGGCGGGCGUCGUUGCCCUGCCGGGUGCCCCCGCUUAUACGACGAGUAAACAUGCGGUGGUGGGCUUGACGAGGCAGUUGGGCGUGGAUUAUGCGAGGGAGAGGGUACAUUGUAAUGCGCUUUGUCCGACUUGUAUGUUUGGUUCCUUCCUUCCUUCUUGACUCUUGUACUUUUCUUUUUGGGGGGUUGUGAUUUGGGAGGAGUUGGUGGUGAUGUUAAUGUUGGUGGUUUUAGUUACUGAUACCCCAUUGAUUGCGUGUUUGUUAAGGGAUUCUGAGAACCCGGUUGCGGUCGAGACGACGAAGGCGUUGAAAGCGUUACAUCCUUGGGGUCAGUUUGCGCAGGUGGAGGAUGUUGCUAGAGCGGCGGUUUUUCUGGUUAGUGAGGAUUCGCAGUAUAUUACGGCGACGAAUUUGCUUGUUGAUGGGGGGUAUUCUGGGCUAUGAUAUUGUGUUGAUAUAAGGGCAGUAGGCGAGUUGAAGUGGUAUGCUGUUAACGCAGAAGAAUAUGUGAGUGGGAUAUGUAAAGAGUUGG